CAGUUUGGUUUGUAAUUCAAAAUUGAAUUGAUUCCAGUACAAAAAAAGUAGAAAACAACGAAAGAAAAGCGGUGUCACUUGCCAAUUAGCUUUUUUAAUUUUUUUAUAAAUGAUGAAUGUACCCUUAUUUUAAAUUCACCUAAAGUCUGCCAAAGUCACCUUGCGUAUGACUUUGGUUCUUUCAUCAAAUAAAAAAAUGCUGUUAUUUUCAAAUUUGUCGUAAAAUGAUCAGUGAUGUGAAAGUAUGUCUUCCCCUAUUGAUAGUGCUGAUCAGUCACCAGCUCUUGAAACUGCUCAUGCCACUCAAGUAGGAAACGAUCCCAAAGAUAAAAAACCCACAGUUUUAGAAACUCAUGGCUACUUUCUGGGGAAAAGUAUCGGGACUGGAUCCUAUGCAACUGUUCGUAUGGCCCACAGUGAACGACACGAGGGCAAUGUGGCUAUAAAAAUUGUAAGCAAAUUUUCAGCCCCCGCAGAUUAUUUGAAAAAGUUCCUUCCAAGAGAAAUCGAAGUGGUUAAAGGGUUGAGGCAUCCGAAUUUAAUACGUUUCUUGCAAGCUAUUGAAACCACUCAUCGAGUUUACAUUAUCAUGGAAUUUGCGGAAAAUGGCAGUCUUCUCGACAUUAUCCGAAAGGAUCAACAUAUUGAUGAAAUCAGAUCCCGAAAAUGGUUCAAACAGCUCACUUAUGCCAUAGAAUACUGUCACGAUCGUGGAGUGGUUCACAGAGACAUAAAAUGCGAAAAUAUGCUAAUGGACGACAGUUGGAAUAUAAAAUUGUCCGAUUUCGGAUUCGCCCGAGGCCACAUGAAGCCGAAAAAUGGACAGCCUAUUUUGAGCGAAACUUUCUGCGGAAGCUACGCUUAUGCGUCCCCGGAAAUUCUUCGAGGGAUUCCGUACCAGCCUCAAUUUGCGGACGUUUGGUCUAUGGGGGUGGUUUUAUUUGCAAUGGUUUUUGGCAGGCUUCCUUUUGAUGACAGCAACUAUAAGGAGCUGAUUAAACAAGUUUCGAGCAAAGUGGUUUUUCCAAAAGACCCAAAAGUGAGCAGCGGGUGUAAGUCGUUGAUCAAUAAAAUACUCGCUCCGCUGAAAAGCCGAAUUCGGCUCAGUGGGAUUAAAAUGGAUCAGUGGUUUUUGUUCGAAGAAGGACAAGCUGGAAGCAGCAAGGACAGGAAGUCCAUUAGCUCAGUUACUGAUGAAGAAAGGAGACUUUCAGUAGAUGCUGAUAGUUUGGUGCCACCAAAUCUGAUCACGAAAGAAGAGCUCGAAGCUAAAGCUAGACCGCGAGGAGCGAGAAGAGACAGUACCGAUGAAGAGCAACCGGUUGGUACACAGAAUCCUUUUGAUGAAGCCGAACAGUCUGAUAAAGGAAAUUCCAGUGGAAAAUCGAAAAAACCACCCAGCAAGAAAGAAUCUUGAAUUGUUUUGUUAUUAAAGUGCAAAAAUUA